AUGAGGCUGCGUAUGAUACCUGUGAUAUUUAAGGAAGGUAUCAUCGCCUCUCUCACAGGUGGAUUUUAUUUUGAUACUUCACAAACCCAUUUCUCAAAUAUUGUCCAUGUCUAUGUGUGGAUUGUCUUAUUCGUUGCUCCGUUGGUGCUGUUUAUGAUUUCAGAAGAAUCUCACAUUAUUGCAGCCAUUUAUAGUGUUUCGGUCGGUUCAUUUGUUCUGGUUGUUAAGCUUAUAAUUUGGAGACUUCAUGAUCUACUUGAUAAGAGUGAACCUGUUGUUAAUAACAAUCAAGAAGCAAAUAACUCGUACGCAAAUACAGAAUUUUCAACACAGCACCAGGUAAAUGUGCAUGAAAGUGAUCAGGAAGAAUUUUCAGAUGCUAAUGAAAUCGAAAGCAGAUGUCGACGAAUUGGUCAGGCUGGGAUCGAACUAGCCGGAUUAACUGAUGCCAUUUCAAACCAUGGCAGUGUUAGUCCACUACCUGACAAUGAAAUAGUUGUCUCCGAUACUAAUCAAAAUGCGUAUACAGCUAAAAAGGAUGAGAUUUUUAAAUUUGAGCAAUUUGAAAAUAAUUUGGAGCCAAGCCUUGAAUUUUCCGACAAUUUCACUGAUCAUGUUACCUUCUCUGUCCCUUCGACGAAUGCCAAAGAAUCAGUCAUAAUAAAUGAUCAAGACGCAGUUGAAAAUGUGGAUUGUACUUCAAAUACGCAGUCUUCCUUACCUACUGAUUUAUCUGUUGUUAAUAAAGGACAGAUUGUAGAUAAUCAGAUAGGACAGUUAAGUUUGGACGGAGCACCGUCUUCUAAAGAACAAAAAAGAAUUGAAUUCGGUCGCAGUAUCAGCUCGAGAACAGCUAGGCCUAUAUAUUUGAAUGGACCAUUGAAAAGAUCAUUCAUUGGUAGAAAUGGGCGGCGAGCUCCUGUUAGGAGACAGUUUUCUGAAACUACAGUGAAAAAUACAAAUGAAAUUCAGCGACUAUGCACAUUUUAUGAUCAGACAGGUCAUAUUCCUGGACUGAAAUGUGAUCAGAUCGUCCCAGAGACUGUGAAUUCUUCCAUGGAGAAGAUACCAAGUGAUAAGUAUCCCUGUUCGAGUAUUUCUUCAUCAGGUCGUUCUCUUGUGAGAUCUAGUUCUGUACGCACAGAAAUUGAACACUGCAAACGUAUCAUAAAUCAGUUAAAAUGGGAUGUGAGUCGACUUCCUCCCAUACCUGUUACACGAUUCACUCCUUCAGUAAAAGACCUGGAAACUUUGAAUUUGGAUCCUGGUACAUCUUCCACACCAUCAUCGUUUCACACUAGAAGUAGAUCUCAGCUUCACAGACGCGCUCUCCUUGUGGAUUGGGAUCAACAUAAGAGAACUGUAGCCUAUUUAACUCGAACUGGUCGAAAUAGCAUUCCUUAUUCUACCGAAUUCUCGUUAUCUGAAACUAUUUUUUUCUGGCGUCAGUGCUUCGGGAAUAUCAAUCACAACAGACCUACAACAUCUAAUUCUCGACGCCAACAAUCAAAUAUGCUUGCAUUCAGUGACUUUUCUACUGGUAAUCUAAGCCUUCGUCACCAACGAUUACCAAGAGGAUGGCGUUCUCACAGUUUACGUUAUGAUCCUGUGGCGAUGAAUUCAAUUACACCAUACCUUCGACAACUCGUUCGUCGACCAGGUACAGCUCUUCGAUUACAACGUCAACAAUCAGCUGGAGCAUCUUAUUCCCCUGUUACUGAUAGUAUGUCUCUCCAUUUUCGAACAUCAGAAAUGAACAAUGUUCAAUCUUCCCGAGGUGAUUCACACGUGUCUCUCGGGUCCGAGAUUACUGAUGUGGUUAUAUUAGAGGGUCAAGAAGGAAGUAAAGUUGUUGAUAUGUCCGAUGGUGCAGAAAUCCACAAAGAAAAAUGGUAUAUUCCAGAAGAAACUUAUUCCGCUUUACCGAAUUCAGACUUAAAAGAAGAAGGAGGUGAAUGUUUAGAAAACAAUGAAAAAGAUGCAAACACCACCAUGAUCACCACCACCACCAACAACAACGACGGCAGCAAGGACAGCGCAGUUCCUACUUCAUUAGUCGAUAGUAUUUCUACUGACAACAUACAGUCAUCAUGUAAACAAAUAAGUCAUCCUUUGGGAUUAACCAAUCAUGAUGAUGGUAGUAGCAGUAGUAUUCCUGCUGAACACAAUAAAUUACCUAUCACUGAAAUAAGAAAUAGUUAUCGUCUGACACGACAAGCUGGCUUUCGUCGGAGACCUGCCGUUUCCCCACGUCCGUGUAGUCAGUCGAAAACUGUAUCUUUACAUCAAAGUGAGAAUGACAGUUGUUCAUCUGAUAGUCCAUUACGAAAUGAAGACACCAAAGAAAUAUCGAAGAAAGAAAUAGAUAAUAAUUGUGCUCAGACUUCAUCGUCUGCUUCAAAAUCCACUUCUUUGAAUCCUAUUUCAGUGGAUCAAGCUGUUGAUAAUCUACUCGCUCACCUUAUGGGUGUAAAAUCCCUGGCUGAAACUGGAUUAACUCGUCAACAGUGUUUACUACAAUUACGUGGAGAUGGAAAUGCUGAAGAUUCAGAAAACGCUGAAUGGGAUAUUUUAUAUGCUGUCACUGAAGCUGCAACUGAUAGCGCCACAGUACUACAGGAAUCAACUGUUGCCAAUGGUGAAACAGUUAAUCGUGAUACUCGUCAGAUCAAUUCGUCGGGUAAUGCUGAUUCGAAUUCAUGGGAUAUACAAGGUCUAAACAUCACGACCUAUAGUUCAGCUAAUAGAAAUAGACAAAGCGAUGACGAGAUCAACGUGCAAGAAAACCCACCAAAUCUAUCUAAUGAUUCUGGGUCGGAUGAUGAAGAUCGUUCAUCUCCGAAUUCCCUGCUUUGGUUUUUCCGUAAAGGUUUUAAACCGCUGAGAUUACAAUCCCAACGUCUUUCUCCAACUGCUCCUGUUCACACUAUAUCCUUGUCUCCGUGCCUUCCAUUUACAUUGCGUCUUCAGUUGAAUCGUUUGCAGCUGGGAUCUGUUUUCGACAAAAGCUUCACUAUGCUUGAAACAAUUUUGUGUUCUAUCUUAGCUGCUUUGGUCAGUAUUGUCGGUUAUUAUACUUUGCGCACAUUAAGCUUUCAAGAUUAUGGACCUUUGGCAUGUUUUACAAUAGCAGGUUGUCAUUAUUCACUCAUCAAAAGUGUUCAACCAGAUCCAGCCUCACCUAGACAUGGAUAUAAUCGUGUCAUUGUAUUCACCCGCUCUGUCUUCUUUUGUUUCCUUGCUUCAAUUUAUCUAUUAUCCAACUACCUAUGUCAAUCACCAAAAUCAGUACUAACCACAACAACAACAGGCCAGGCAUCCAGUUUAGAACAUACUGGUGAACUUCGUUUUGAAUCGACUUUAUCAUUCCAGUCAGCAUCACAAAUGUUACCAUCAAGUGUUAGUGAAACAAGUGAAUUUUCAGUUGAGAAAAUGAUUUGGCGUAUGCCUAAUAUGUAUAUAUCACAAAGUACAAAAACAUCAGAUUCUCCUACAAUUAAAUUUUAUGGAAUUGAUUUAUCCCUGAAACGAUUUUCUUAUUUAGUUCAAUGUGCAUCGGCUUAUGUGAUUCUUAUCUUCCCAAUAUUAUUUUGUUGUGGUUUAAUGCCUCAAAUAAACACAGUUCUCAUUUAUGCCUUAGAACAAUUGGAUAUUCACAUUUUUGGUGCAAGUGGUACUACUGGACUUUUCUCGGUCACGUUCUCAAUCCUUCGAACGUUUAUAGUGUUAGGAAUAACUUUCAUUCCGUGUUAUUAUGCAAUACAACAAACAAGUCCUGAGUCUGUCCUCUUCUCUGUAUUCUGGGGUGCAGAGAUAGCUCUAUGCUUUCUUUUAAGUCGUCUACCAUCGAAUAUAAUGCUGUAUGGAACUCUUCUACCUUCAGCUGAUCGUCGUGUUUACUACUUGAAUCGUAUUCGUAUUUGUUUCUACAAUGCUUGGUAUACACUGACUACACGACCGAAUUGGUUAAGUCGUACACGACGACGUUGGUCAAAGAAAAAGAAAUCUCAAGUAGCUCCAAUCGAUAAACAGCCUAUAUGGUGGAGGCGGUUGCCUCUGUUAUUUCCUAAUCUUCAUAUGAAAUCGACAAAUGCAAUGAUUAGGCAUAAUGAUGAUAGUAAUGCUGCUGAAGAAUUUUUACUCACUCGUUUAACACAUGCUACAGGAGUUGUAGAUGUUGAAAGUGGUGUACCAGCUCACAGUCAUAGUUUGCCAUCUCGCAUGAUCAGUCGUGAUUGCUUAACUCAAUCUAGUUCUACACCCGCUAUCAAAUACAGUUUACCUCAUGUUGAUUCAAACGUUAAACAGCUUGAGACCACUACCACCGGCCUAUCUACCUGGAUUAAUUCUAAAGAGAAUGAAAAUGAUGACAGGAAGAAAUCAACAACACUGGACAAUUUGAACAAUCGGCCUACUAAUACCUUACCAUCUGUAGUAUGUCAAAAGACACUAGUUAAUUCUGACUCUGGAAGUAGUAUUCCACCAGUAUGUAGAGAUAAUUCUAGAGUGAAUACCCAACAAGAUCAUCAAACAACCAGUUCAUUAUUAUCAGAUCAGCAUUUAAUACAAACGCAUUUACAAAAUGGUGAUCCUUUACCAAAUUUGAUUAGAGCAUCAUUGAUAGCUCGUUUUGAAAAUGAUAUACUGUCAUCUAUUACCUGGUUUGCAUUAGCAUUUCUUGUACACUUUACAAGUUGCUUUGGCUAUACUUAUUUUCAAUCAUAUCAAUAUCGUAUUUUAAUCUGGAUUAGUGUUGUAUUGGGUUUCUUAUUACACUAUAUUUGGCCUAAUUUUCGUAAGCCGUAUCCAUGGUUAUUGCUUGUGAAGCCUAUUAUCAAGCCUGAUAAUCAAGGGAAAUUACUACGUUGGGAAAUUGCUUAUUUUUGGUUAUGUUGGUUGGAAAGAAAUCUGUUUCUACCUGCUAUCACCAUGUUUUCUGUAACUUAUUCGUUUACUUCAUUAAUAACUAAAUUUGGACCUCUAAUGUCUACAUUCAUAAUUAUUGUAACAAGUAUGAAAAUGUUAAGAAAUGGAUUUUGUUGUGCUAAACAAACUUAUUUAAGUUUGUUUCUUACUGAUUUAUUGUUUUCUUACGAUUUCUACAAUAUCAAAGAAGCAUUCCCUAUUAACUACUUCUUUGUAUCAAUUCUUGUCAGUAAAUUUAUUGAACUAUUUCGAAAACUGCAUUUCAUCUACGUGUAUUUGGCUCCAUUCAAUAUAAUUUGGGGUUCUGUGGCGCAUGCAGUUGUUCAGCUUGGCUCAAUUCCUCACUCGGUAUUUAUGUUCGCCAAUUGCAUUUUCUCCACUGUAUUAUCUGCACCAUUGGAACCGCUGAUGGCUAGUGCAAUUUUUAUCACGUCGUAUGUGAGACCGAUUAGUUUUUGGGAGACAAAUCAUCGUUCGCAACGUAUAGAGACAACUAAUAUGCCGAUAGCAGCACAAUUAAAAGGCAUAUCAAAGCAUCAAGUAUCCGGUAAUUUAGACGGUAUAUUCUAUGAGCAUUUAACAAGAAAACUACAAAGAAUAUUAGCCGGUGAUUUACAAUUAGGACGUCUUGGUGGAUUAUCUAUUAAUCAUGGUGAUGUAUUCAUUCUUUCAACAGAUGAUUUAAAUUUACUUAUUCAUAUUAUUGAAGUUGGAAAUGGAUUUGUCACUUAUCAACUACGUGGUCUUGAAUUCAUCGGAACUUUAUGUCAUGCUAGUGAAUCAGAAACUCUACGCUCUGAUCCGCAUAAAAAUAAACGUUUCUGUUGUUGUCAUUCAAAACCGCCUCGUGGGAUAUUAAGUUUUAAUGCUGCUGUCCGCUUACGUUGUAUGGCUUGGCAAUUCGCGUAUUCUCCUUACAUUAUUGAAGGAUAUGAAGUUACUGAUCAUAGUGCUGGAUUUACUUUCCAAUUGACAGAUCUGAGGAAAGUGCUGAUCAGUCGCUUUGUUCACUGUGUUAUUUACUUUGUCUGUAAACUACCAAAUCUGUCUAAUCGUUUAACACAAUUAUCUGCAUGCCUUGAGGCAAAUCGAUUUUCAUCACCAGAUUAUUUUGAUUUGGAUCCAGUAUUUUUUAAAAUGAUCGAUGAUGAUUUUGAUGAAGAUGUGAAUGGUGUUACUAGGCAACGUUUUGUUCAUAUCUAUUCUGAUUGGAUUGCAUACUGUUUAAAGAAGAAUAGUGAAAAUUCAUCUAUACCAUGUGGUCCGGAAUCUGCAGUUGUAUCAUUAUGCUUAGCAUUAAGCCUUUUGGGUAGACGAUGUAUGGGAGGUCAUCAAUCCUCAAAACAUAUACUAGAUCAAUUUUUACAUGGAGUCCAUCAAGUAUUCUCUGGAGAUAUUAAUUUAGCCCCAAGAGAUGAUUGGGUUCUAACUGAUCUUGAUCUUCUUCAAACUGUUGUUACUCCGAGUGUACGUAUUGCAUUAAAACUCUAUCAAGACACUUUCACAUGGUCUUCAGGAAAUGCACAUCAUGAAUUGUACAGAAAAAUUGUAUAUACAGAGAGAAAUGUUGUAAUUUGUCAAGAAACAGAUCCAAAAUGGCGAUUCGCUGUACUAAAUGAUGCAGAUUGUUUAUUCUCAUUUCGUUGGGUGUCUGGUCGCACAUCAAUGGAUGUUUAUCGUAUUGUACAGUUGACUAAAAGAAGAUUAGAAUUUAGAGCUAUAAAAUUGAAUCCUGAAUGUGUUCGUGGUUUGUGGGCUGGUCAACAACGUGAACAGAUAUUUUUACGAAAUAAUAAUGAAGAACGUGGAAGUAUACAAAGUGCUAAUCCAGUUCUACGUAAUUUAGUUAACUCUAGCUGUGAUCCGCCUAUUGGUUAUCCUAUUUAUGUUAGUCCAUUAAUUACUAGUUUUGCUGGUGAUAAUGAAGACUAUAUACGUGUAUGCGGAGGUGAAUUAUCACUUGUUGGCAUUCUUCUGCGUAUACGUGAUUGUUGGUCACGCUUUCUUCGUCUAUACUGCUGUACAGGUGAUGAAUCAAGUGGAGAUAAAGUUGGGUCCAAUAUCAACGUAUCAUCAUCUAUGCAUAAUACAGAACAACAACAGCAACAACAACAUACAAAAUUUGGUUUUCCUACUAUCGGUUGGGUUGGAACAUCUUCAAAGUUAACACUACCUAGUUAUCCAUCAACUAGUACAAGUAAAUAUUCAUCUAGACAUUCAGAAGGCAAUCGACAAACUACACUAAUUGCUUUGAUUCAUCAACAAAAUGAUAUAGACAAUAUGACUGGUGCAGGUACAUCUUCAACAAGUACACUUCGUGAUGGACGUAAUAUUGAAUCAUUUUGUCUGGAGCAAAUGAUAUCUAGGAAACGUCAAAAAGUUAAAAUUAUCGAUACUAGUCAAAUUUUAAAUGAACACUUGAAUAAAUUAUCUUGGCCUUACAAAGAAUGGUGUAUCCAAGUUUAA